CACAACUCAGCAAGCGUUGUAAAUCGCACGCGUAGACAAAACAUGUUCGCCCUCGAUCCAAGCGCGGAACUCAACCUGAACUUACCCAAAGUGCGCGCAGUCGUCGCAUACAAGUGCUUAGGCGAACUUGCGGUAUUGUAGCUUACCCCGGCUUACUGGCCAUUGUGCAUACUGCGACAGACGGCUCUAGACUGCGCUGGUGCCUAUCCGGCGCUCUCGUUUGCAGAAUUUCAUGUUGCCGAGGCAAUGAUGACAGAAAGUCAAAGGGAAUAAGCCAGGGAGGCAAUAAUGGAGUUCACGCCCCCGAAACAGCUGCGCGAGCGCGAGCCAGCGACGCCCGCAGCAACUGUCCUAAGGCUAAUUGCAUACGGAGGCGAGAGACCGGUUUGCGCACUGGGCAGCUGCACGACUGGCUCAUCCAAGGAAUCAUUAUUGCAGCUGCUCAAUGACACGGACCUUGACCGAGUUAUCACGCUUGAGAAGGCACCGACAUGCGUCCGCUUGGUCGACCCGGCUAGCGGAGCCGUGCUCGCCGUCGAGGGGUCGCUGGAUGUGCCCCGCCGCAGCAGCCGCACACUGCGGGUGACCUGGCACGCGACGGGGCCCGGAGCGCUGUGUGAGGCCCUGCGCUGGCGCAUGACGGACGGGGCCCGGCAGGCUCGGCUUGAGGUGCGGCUGCAGGGCACGGCCACGGACCCACCCCUGCCGGCAAAGGCAGGGGCGCGGGCAUCGGGCGCGGCCGCCUCGCUCCGCCCAGGACCCAUCGCCUCCACUUCGGGGUCCAUGGGACCGCCCAGCAGUAGGCCCGCAGCGCCUGCUGGCAAGGUGCCGCCGCGGGCGUUGUCGCUUGUCCGGCCCCAGGUGCCUGUGGCUGCCGCACCCCAGCUCGCCAACGGGAGCUCUGCCAGCAGUGGCGGCGAAGCAGUGCCGGCUCAACCUGCGCCCGCAGCCUCAGCCCCAGCCUCAGCUGCAGCAGCACCCGCAGCAGCACCCACAGCAGUACCUGCUGCGUCCAAGGCGCCCUACCCUGGCGUGCCCCGGACGUCGGGCAUGCUGGACCCGUCCGCGCUGUCGGCGGCAGCAAACGUCAAGCUGCCCGCCACGCCGCUGGCAGCCAGCCCGUUGCUGAACAACGGUGGCCGCGCCCCGGUGCGGCUGGUGACGCCGCACCGCGCCGGCGCCGGCAGCCCCAACGUGCGCGGUGUGGCACUGGCAGCUGACGGUGGCGGCCGGACCCUGGACUUCCGCCGCGUUGGGAGCGCUGAAGCCAAGCGCGAACGCGGCCUCAUCUCCUGGCUCAACAGCGAAGUGGCCACUGUGGAGGCCGCCUCGGCCGGCCUGGACAGCGGCUGCACCACGGGCGUGGGGGUGCGGCGGCUGCUGGGCGAGGUGGGCGGCAAGGCCUACCUGUACUUCAAGCGCGAUGCGUCCUUUGCGGCGGCGGCGGCCAAGGUGGAGUCCAAGAUUGCCGCCCGGCACCUGGCGCUGAAGGACGUGGAGUCCACCCUGAGCGACGUGCACCGGCGCAAAGAGGCGCUGGCGGUGCUGACGGCCUACCACCCCUUCUGGCUGGCGGUGGGGCUGCAGACGGUGCUGGGCAAGGCGCUGGUGCUGUCGCCAGGCAACAUGCUGGCGCUGAUGAGGCCGCCCGGCAGUAGCAGUAGCAGUGGCGGUGCGGGUGCGGGUGCGGGUGCGGUGGAGGUGCCGGCCUUCCUGCGCGCCUACCUGUCCGACCACCUGCUGGCAGACCCCGAGCUGGCGGCGGCGUACCGGGGGGCCGCAUACAAGACGCCCGAGUACUGGGAGGCUCUGGGCCCCCGUGUGCUGGGCCGCGUGCUGCUGCUGGUGCUGCUGCUGGACCGACUGGCGCAGCGGCCCGACCUGCCCGCCGGCACACCCUCGCUGUUCAGGCAGGAGGCGGCUAUCAAGACGUCGGAGCAGGUGCUGCUGGAGUUCCUGCAGCCGCGGCUGGCGGGCGCGGGCGACGUGCGGCACCAGCUCCGGGCCAUGGGCUACGUGGCGGAGUACGUGCAGCACGCGCGCGACGAGGCGGACUUCCGGGUGGCCAAGCCGUCCGACCUGCGGGACGGCACCCGGCUGGCCAAGCUGCUGGACAACCUGCGCAAGAAAGCGCAAUCACAUGGGGGCGCCGCCGCUAAUGGCAACGCUGCCGGCCUCUCCGCACAACCCAGCAGUGCCAGCGUCGCGUCCUCCUCCGGUAUCAGCGCGCGGUUGCUGGGCACCGGAGCCGCAGGCGGCCCUGGCGCCGUCGGUGCCAGCCGGCUGCCCUCGCCGCACGAGGACCUGCUGCCUACCAUGGCCUUCCCGCAGCACACCGGCCGGCCGCUGGACGAAACCAACAUGCGUAACAACUGCCUGCGGUUGGCGCGGGCUCUGCAGGCGCACGGCGUCAGCCUGCAGGGCGUGGCGGCGGCCGCCGGGCCGGCGGCGGGGCCGCGUGAUGGCGGCUCGGAGGGCGUGGCAAAGACGGUGGCGGAGGGGCUGCUGCGGCUGGACCAGCGCAUCACGCUGGGGGUGCUGUGGCAGAUGGCCAUGCACUUCAAGCUGCGCAAGCAUGUGGACGUCAAGACGCUGGAGCGCGAGGCCGCCCGCCUGCGCCGCGCAGCCGCCGCCGGUGCCUCCUCCUCUGACACGCCUGCUGCCGCCUCGGCCUCUUCCUCUGCCUCUGCGGGCGACGAUGCUGUGCUGCUGCGCUACUUCAACGACCCCGCCAGCCAGGCGCUGCUGCAGUGGGUGCGGGCGGCCUGCGCGCUGCACGGCGUGGGCGUGGACAACUUCACCUGGAGCCUGGCGGACGGCCGCGCGCUGUGCUACCUGGUGCACACUUACCUGCCCGAGGCGCUGCCCAAGAGCCGCAUCAGUGUGCCCGACACGCCCGCCACGACCGACGAGAUGGCGCGACUCACCGGCGGCACCGAGUACGUCAAGCUGGAGACGCUCAAGGCCAACGGCUGGUCUGCGGUGUACGAGAUGGGCGGUGUCAUCCACGACGACGGCCUGGCGGCCGCCUACAAGGCCGCGGUGGCCGCCAACUUCCGCGCCCUGCACGCGGCGGGCGAUGCGCUGGGCCUGCCGGCGCUGCUGGGCGCCGAGGACUACCUGGAGGACGGCCCGGACGAGCUGGCGGCCAUACUGUACGUGGCGCUGCUGGGCGAGGCGCUGAUGAAGCUGACGUCCGAGCGCCGCGCCGGCUACGUGAUCAUGGAGUACCUGCGCCGCCGCCUGUGCUGGCGCCCCAGCUACAUGCGCGCCGCGCUGCAGCGCUACAAGGAGGGGCUGCGGCGCAGCACCGCCGCCGCCACCAUCCAGGCCACGUGGCGCAUGGCCAAGCAACGGCGCAGGUUCCUGCAGCUACAGCAGGCUGCAUGUGUACUUCAAGCCUUCGCACGGCGGCGGCUGGCGUCCCGACAAGUGCAGCAACUGCGGCAGCUGGCACGGCAAGAGGCCGCCGCCACUGUCAUCCAGGCGCACGUGCGCCGCCACCUCACGCAGAAGAAGUUCUCGCAUGAGAUUCGGGCAGCACGGCGUGAGAUAGCGGCCGCAACCAUCCAGGCAGUAUGGCGUGGACACUGCCAGCGCAGCCGCUACCUGGCGGCCCGGGAUGCUGCGGUCAAGGUGCAGGCGUGCGUGCGCAUGCACCAGGCGCAAAUGAGGUUCCUGGUCCAGCGGCAAGCCGCCGUCGCCGUCCAGGCCGCAUGGCGAUCGCACCAGGCCCGCACCGCCUACCUGCAGCAGCAGGAGGCGGCGGUGAUCAUUCAGGCGGCAUGGCGGAGCGUAGUAGCGCAGCGGCAGCUGGCGGCGGCACGGUCUCGUGUGCUGCUGAUCCAGGCACACGUGCGCGGCAUGCAGGCCCGCCGGCUUGUGCAGAAGCGCCUGCAGAGCCUGGUUCACAUCCAGGCUUGCUGGCGUGCGGAGCAGGCACGGCGCCAAGUUGCCGCACUGCGCGCCCAGCAACGCUCCGAGCAAGAGCACCGCUCUGCGGCGCUGCUGCAAGCGGUCGUGCGCGGCCACCAGCUGCGGCGGCAGGUUGCAGCUCAGCACCGGGCGGCGACUGUGGCGCAGGCGUGGUGGCGCAUGGUGCAGGCCCGGCGCGAUUUCCUUGCCGCGCGCCAGGCGGCAGUGUCGAUUCAGUCUGCCUUCAGGGGCUUUGCGAUGCGGCAGCAGCUGGCGCAGCACCACGCCGCCGCCACAGCCGUGCAGUGCGCCUGGCGCCGCCACUCUGCCAUGGGGCAGCUGCGGACGGCGCGUUCUGCGGCCGUGGCCAUCCAGGCAGCCUGGCGCAGCCACUGCCAGCGCAGCCGCUACCUGGCGGCCCGGGAUGCUGCGGUCAAGGUACAGGCGUGUGUGCGCAUGCACCAGGCGCAGAAGCGGUUCCUGGUCCAGCGGCAAGCCGCCGUCGCCAUCCAGGCCGCAUGGCGAUCGCACCAGGCCCGCACCGCCUACCUGCAGCAGCAGGAGGCGGCGGUGAUCAUUCAGGCGGCAUGGCGAAGCGUGGUGGCGCAGCGGCAGCUGGCGGCGGCGCGGUCUCGUGUGCUGCUGAUCCAGGCACACGUGCGCGGCAUGCAGGCCCGCCGGCUCGUGCAGAGGCGCCUGCAGAGCCUGGUUCACAUCCAGACUUGCUGGCGUGCGGAGCAGGCACGGCGCCAAGUCGCCGCACUGCGCGCCCAGCAACGCUCCGAGCAAGAGCACCGCUCUGCGGCGCUGCUGCAGGCGGUCGUGCGCGGCCACCAGCUGCGGCGGCAGGUUGCAGGUCAGCACCGGGCGGCGACUGUGGUGCAGGCGUGGUGGCGCAUGGUGCAGGCCCGGCGCGAGUACACCAAGCUGCAAGACAUCACGGUGCGGCUGCAGGCGCUGGCCCGCGGCGCCCUGGCACGGCAGCGGCACGCCGCGGUGCGGCAGGCUGCAGGCGUCAUGCAGCGGACCUGGCGCAUGCGGCUGGCAUGCCGCGCCUUCAGGCAGGCGACAGAGGCGUUUUGGGCGCGGGAGCAGCAGAAGCAAGCCGAGAUCCUCAUGGAGAUCAGCCGCCAGUACAUGCGCGGUGUAUCGGCCGCCAUGCGCAUCCAGGCCCACUGGCGCGGCUACCAGGCGCGCAAGGCCUUCGCGCCGGUGUGGCGGGAACACAGGGACAGCCAGCGCGAGCGACAGGCCGCCCUCGCCAUUCAGACGGCAUGGCGCAGCUACACCGCCCGCCGCGACUACUGCCGCCAGCGCGAGGCGCUGCGGGUGAUCGGCGCCGUGCUGGUGCCGCUGCACCGGGCGCGGCGCGAGCUGCGGCGGCGGCGGGACGCCCACCAAGUGCAGCUGCGGGCGGUGCUGGCCAUCCAGGCCGGCGUGCGCAUGUGGCUGGCGCGGCGGCGGCUCGAGUCUGCUGUGCAGGCGGCGGUCCAAAUCCAGGCCGCCUGGCGUGGCUACGCUGUGCGCAAGCGGGACGGCCGGGCCAAGCGCGAGGCGCGGCGGCGGCUGCAGGCGGCGGCGGCAGACGCGCGCCGCUCCCCAAGCCGGCAGAUCGGCAACCGGGCGCGCGAGGCGCUGGAGCUGCUGUUGCGCAACAACAAGAACCUGGUGCAGGUUAUGCAGGCGGUGCAGGUGAUUGAAACGGCAACGCGCUACAGCCGGGACUGCUGCAAGCUCAUCGCGCGGAACGAGGGCGUUACCGCACUACUGCGCUUCAUGCGGGGCCUCAACCGCAGCAAGCCGCACAUCGACGUACUCAACCGCACGCUCAACGUGCUGCUCAACAUCUGCCGGUACGACGACCUGCUGCCUGACGUGUACCACUCGGAGGAGUGCCUCACCGUGCUGAGCGAGCGGCUGCAGUUCUUCCGCGACACCGAGGAGGUGUUCAACCCCACGGUGGCGGUGCUGCAGCGCCUGACCAGCCCGCCGGAGCUGGCUGGGGACGUGCAGCCGGCGGUGCGGCACAAGUGGGAGGGCAUCCACCAGGUGCAGUUCCGCAAGGCCGACAUGGAGCGCAAAUACCUGGAGCGACUGGAGGGCGACAAGGGCAGCGACGUGUCGGCGCGCGAGGCCACGCGGCGGCUGCUGGUGCUGCAGCAGCAGGUGGCGGCGCUGGACAUCCUAAUUGGCCGGGUGGCGGCGGCGGCGGGCGAGGCGGGCGGCGCCGGCGGCGGCCCUGACACCGGCCCCGACGUGCACCAGGGAACGGACAAGGACCAGCGCGCGCCGGCGCAGGAGAAGGAGCGGGACACGCUGGUGCGGCGACAGGUGCUGGCAGCGGCGGGCAGUGCGGCGCUUGUGCAGGGCGCGCCGGCGGGGGCGGGGGCAGGUGCUGCGGCGGCGCUGGGCCCAGCGCCCAUCCCGGGCCUGAAAAACACCAUCGUCAAGACUGUGGUGCAGCGGCUGGCUGCAACCAAUGCCGCGCCCGGGACCUCAGCUGCGGCGGCUGGCGUAAAGCGCCCUGCCGCGGUGGGUGGCGCCGUCAGCUCGUCGCCCGGACAGGCGGGCGCAGGCAAGACCAGCGCCUCCGCGUACGGCCAGCGCCGCACGUAGCAGAUGGCGGGCGUGGUGGCAGAGGCGCAUGGGAAAUGAGAGGCAGGAAUGCACCGCUGCGAGAAGCUGUACAGGUAUUAGCGCGAUACGGGGGUAUGCAGGUAUUAGCGCGACGCUUUAGAGGCAUGCGGUUUGCCUCGCACCAAUUGAUGCGACCAGUUGGCGAACUGUGACAGCAAGAGUGCGCAAUUUGACAUGGAGGAUGGGCCAGCCCGGCGUCGUUGGCACGAACCCAUUUGCCUGAAACGGUACAAAGGGCGGCCAUGUAAAUACUUGAAUCC